AUGUGGUUUCGCCCCGUCGCGCUGCAGAUCUGCCUGUUGGGCGCCGUCGCGGCCACUAUCGACAGCGGCUCCUUCCUGAUCUUCAAUCAGAAUCACAACAAGUGCGUAAAGGUCAUCCACGCUUCAUCCACCACGUUAUCGCGUUGCGACCCGCACGCCAAGGACCAGCAGUUCCGUUGGGCAUCGGCGGAAAGACUGCUGAGUUUGUCCCUCAACCUGUGCCUGGGCGCCGUGGAGAUUAAGGACUGGGUCAAGGUCCUGCUGUUCGAGUGCGACGAAACCAGCGAGCUGCAACGCUGGCAGUGCAAGAACCAGACGCUGUUCGGACUUCGCGAUCGUGAUCUGCACCUCAACUGGGGGAAUUUUAACGAGAGGAACUUGAUGAUCUAUAAGGGGUCGGGAGAAUGGAGUCGAUGGAAGAUCUACGGGACGCAUUUAGACUUGUGCUCCAAGGGAUAUCAAGAGAUUUUCACCAUCGGGGGUAAUUCCUUCGGCACCCCGUGUAUGUUCCCGUUCAAAUUUGGUGAGCAGUGGUAUUCGGAGUGCACCAAGGAUGGUCGCUCCGACAAGCAAAUGUGGUGCGCCACCGUGGCCAAUUACAACACCGAGAAGAAAUGGGGCUUCUGUCCAACCAAAGUGACGUCGGGCUGGGACACGGAUCCGGUAACGGAGGUUCAGUACCAACGCAACGUCCAGUCUGUGCUGUCCUGGCACCAAGCCCUGAAGAGCUGCAGACAGCAGGGCGCGGAUCUCCUCAGCAUCGUGGAGCUCCACGAGCAGUCCUACAUUUCGGGACUGACCAGCGAGUUGGGAAGCGCCCUGUGGAUUGGACUCAAUAGUUUGGACUAUGAUGCAGGAUGGCAGUGGAGCAAUGGAAACCCUUUCAGAUAUUUAAACUGGGCGCCAGGUCAUCCUUCAUCAGAUCCUGGAAUGAACUGCGCCACCUUGAAUGCGGGCAAGGCUGCUAAAUGGGAGACCAGCAACUGCAACAAGAAGCUUGGAUACAUUUGUCGCAAAGGGAACUCCACCAGUCUACCUAUGCUGCCUAUUAACCAGCCAAGUUUCUGCCCCAACAAUUGGGUCCCUUACGGCGGCAACUGUUACUUCCUUGAGAGGAGCAAAAAAAUGUGGAAGGACGCUUUAACUUCCUGCCGCAGAGACGAAGCCGACCUGGUCAGCAUUCACAACAUCGAGGAGCAGAGCUUCAUCAUCGCUCAAUCCGGAUAUCAGUCGACCGAUGCCUUGUGGAUCGGCUUUAACGACCAGAGGAACCAAAUGUUGUUUGAGUGGUCCGACCGCUCUCAGGUCACCUUCACCCAGUGGAUGACGGACGAGCCCACCCACGCCACCAACCUUCAGGAGGACUGCGUACUCAUCAGAGGAAAGGACGGUAGGUGGGCUGACAACAUGUGCGAGAAGGAGUACGGCUAUAUUUGUAAGAAGAAAGCCUCUUCAAAAGCGGCAGAAGGAAGUCACCAAGAAAGCAACGAGGGAUGCAAGCGUGGUUCCUUCAGGUACAGCUCGUAUUGUUACACCAUCGGAGCUGAGAAGAAAACAUUUGAUGAAGCGAAGCAGGCGUGCUCACAAGAUGGAGGAAAUCUCAUAGACAUAGCCGACAGGUACGAAAACGCCUUUCUGACCAGUUUAGUGGGCCUCAGGCCUGAAAAGUACUUCUGGAUGGGAUUCUUUAAAAAAGAAGACACGCACUCAUUCACUUGGACCAGCGGCAGGAAGGUGUCCUUCACUCAUUUCAACAUAGGCAUGCCAGACCGCCAAACGGGCUGCGUCGCCUUGGCGACAGGGGUGUCAGCCGGACUGUGGGAUGUUGUGAACUGCGGCAGCAAGGAAAAAUACAUCUGCAAAAAAGUCGCCGAGGGCGUCCACAUGACCGUCGCACCGCCCACUACUCCUGCUCUCAACUGCGACCCCGGUUGGACACCAGUGGCUAGCAGGAAUGUCUGCUUCAAGGUGUACACGAAAAGCAAGGAUCUGAAGAAAACUUGGCCUGAAGCGCGGGAUUUCUGCCGGGCCAUUGGCGGAGACCUGAUGAGCGUCCAUGACGCUCAGGACCUCAGAAAUGCGCAGUUUCAUUCAUCAGACGCCGCAUGGAUCGGACUCAGCUUGCUUGGCACCAAUGAGGGUUUCGUCUGGACGGAUGGAUCGCCUUACGGCUAUGAGAACUGGGGCUACGGCGAGCCCAACAACUACAACGACGUCGAACACUGCACCGAAGUUCAUACCUACUACGGACGACACUGGAACGAUCGACACUGCGAGAGCUACAAUGACUGGAUCUGCCAGAUACAGAAAGGAGCUACUCCAAAACCCGAACCAGUUUUCGUCAUGCCAACGGCCAACACCACCGAGGACGGUUGGCUUCUCUACAACGAUUCGCAAUACUUCAUCAACAUGGAUCAGCAGCCUAUGGAGGCGGCGCGGGCAUUCUGCAAAAAGAACUUUGCCGAGCUCGCCAUCAUCACGGCCGAGAGCGAGAGGAAGUUCCUGUGGAGGCAGAUCGCCAGGGGAUCCGAGGAUCAGUUCUACAUCGGUCUCACGGUCAAUCUAGACCACUCUUUUAGUUGGUUGGACGACACCCCGGUAACGUACACUGCAUGGGAACAAAACGAGCCCAACUUCGCCAACAAUGACGAAAACUGCGUGACUAUCUACAAAAGCAUGGGCUACUGGAACGACAUCAACUGCGGCAUUGAGCUACCGUCCAUUUGCAAACGAAGCAACGUUUUCGUCAACACCACCGUAAUGCCCACCCCCGAACCCAAAGGAGGCUGCGCGCCCGAAUGGCUGUCAUUCCAAGGCAAGUGCUACAAGUUUGUGGGCACGGAAAAAAAAUCAUGGCAGGACGCCAGGGAGUUCUGCAAAAACCAGGGAGGGAAUCUGGUGUCUAUCGUCAACGAGAAGGAACAAGCAUUCCUGACCAUGCAGAUGCUGAGAUACCAGUCGGACUUGUGGCUCGGCAUGAACGACGUCAACUGGGAGAUGCACUUUGUGUGGACGGAUGGCCGAGGCGUGGCGUACACCAACUGGGCCAAAGGGCAUCCGACAUCCACGCCAGAUGGCCGCUAUGCCUUCUCACAGGAGGUUUUCGACUGUGUGAUGAUGGUGGGCAGCAUUACCAAGCAAAUAGGUCUAUGGAAGGUGGAUGAUUGCGCCGGAAAGCGCGGCUUCAUCUGUAAAAGAAACGUCGAUUCCCAGAUCGCAUCAGCGGCCACCACCGUGUCACCAAAGGCCUUCUACAAGCUUGGAAAUGACUCAUACAAGCUGCUGACGCAGAAGAUGCACUGGGAUGAAGCACGGCGGCGGUGCCAGGCAGAUGACGCCGAGCUAGCUAGCAUACUUGACCCUGUGGCGCAGGCCUACAUAACACUCCAGAUCUCCAAGUUGAACCAGUCGGUGUGGAUAGGCCUCAACAGCAAUGUGACGGGAGGUCGCUUCAAGUGGGUGGACAACUGGCGCCUGUCGUACACCAAAUGGGGUAAAGACGAGCCUAAGAGCAAUUACGGUUGCGUGUACAUCGAUGUGGACAAAACCUGGAAGACAGGCACUUGCAGAGAGACCUACUACUCUCUUUGCAAGAUCUCACCAGUUUUGGCGCCAACGGAGCCUCCACAGCUAGCUGGAAUCUGUCCAGAACCGAUUAAGAAAAGAUCUUGGCUCCCGUUUCGGGGUCAUUGUUACUCUUUCCUCAGCUCGCUUGUGGAUAAUUGGGCCCACGCUUCCGUAGAAUGUCUGAAAAUGGGGGGAUCUCUAGCAAGCAUCGAGGACCCUCAGGAGAGUUUUUUCAUUCAGCAAAAUCUGGAAUUCCUACAGGACGGCGCCAAGAACUUCUGGAUCGGCUUGUACAAAACCCACGACAGUCAGUGGUCAUGGAUUGACAGCACCGCAGUGGACUACACCAACUGGGGAGAGGGCAGUCCUGGGACAGAGUCGUGCGUUUCAGUACAAUCUGAAAGUGGGAAAUGGAAGACCACCACCUGCAGCAGAUACCGACCGUACAUCUGCAAAACACCCAAAGUUAUCGUGCCAACAGAAAAGCCUCCAGCUGUCGCUCAUAUUAUGGAAGAGGUUUCCAACGGCUCCGCCGGCGUCACCGUGGCGGUGGUGCUGGUGGUCCUGGCCUUUGGGGGACUUGUUGCUUUCCUGCUCUUCAGGAAAAAGAUGCCCGCCCCAUCGCCAUCCCCGUCAGGGGAGCCCACCUUCAUCAACAAGUUGUACUUCAAUAAUCCCAUCCGAGCUCUGGUGGACACAAAGAGCCUGGUUGGCAACAUUGAGCAAAACGAGCAAGCAUAG